AGCCCUAAAAAAGGACAGACAGUAUACAGUAGCCAAUGACAUAUAGUGUGUACUUUUAAAUUUCAAUGAUGUAUUAGUAAACACAUUCAAAUGCCAGCAGUGUUCAUUGCUCAGUAUCUGUCGAACAGAUAAGGUCGGCAAAUCGGAGGUGUACGGAUUGAAAAUCAAGAGAAUAUUUUGCGCAACUACAUUUACGAAAUCAGCAAUCAAAUAUCAUGGCCGAAAAAGACGCACAACAACCAAAUGCCGAAUCGGUCGGGGGUGAGGCGGCUCCAGCUGUGGCGGGGGAUGAAGUUGCUGCCGGUCCCAAUGAGCAGCAGCAGCAACAACAACAACAACAGCAACGUCAACCAACAAAAAUGGAAUCAUUUUUUGCAAUGACGAAGUCGUUUAUAACACGCGCAAUUAUAAUUUAUUUUGUAAGCUCAUUUUUCCGUCGUCCAGCACCACCAACCGAUCCAAAUAAUACAAAAAGUUUGGAACCAAAGAUAAGUGCUUGGAAUUAUUUUGAAAACGGUCAAAUUUAUGAUUUGCAUAUUUGGCUGUCAACCAUAGAAAAUGAAAUAAAUUUCAAGCAAGGUUCGAAUUUGAUAUGGCUACAAAAAGAUCUAGUUUAUGGUGAUUGGAAAUCUGGACCGAAGCGUGAUGGCAUUCAUCACCACAGCACAAAAAUUAAAGCUACGCCAAGUAUCAUGAAUAAUGGUUCUAUUUUUAUGCAUGCAUAUGUGACACGCAGUGGUGAAAGUCCAAAUCCUGAUGACCCAAAUUAUGCUAAGAAUGGUAUGUUUGGUUAUCAAGCGCGCAUGUUAAAUAAAUUUAAACGGCUGCGUGUAAAUCGUAAUUACAAUUUACUGUCGAGCGAAGAAGAAAAGCUCGCCGUAGAGUUGGAGGUGGAAAAGCAGAAAGACCAAAUAAUAUCGUACUGGCAUCCAAAUAUUACUGUUAAUAUUGUGGUGGAUCAAACUACUUGGUCUGCAGGCAGUGUACCACCACCGCUUGAUGAGUCUGUAAAGUUUGCUGAAUUUGGUAAAGUUUAUUUACCUAUUGUCUUUGUUAACGAUUAUUGGAACCUACAGCGUGAUUACUUCCCCAUCAAUGAAACAACACCAGAACUUGACUUGCAUAUUACUUUCCAACCUUUAACCUUUUUCAAAUGGCAACUAUACGCAGCACAACAAAUGAAGAAUAAAUGGGCUGGCAACAUGUUUGGUGAUCUCAUCAGUGGUGGUGGCAUGGAGGCUUCAGAUGACGAACAGGACUCGUUGAAGGAAACUCUAUUGGACACAAAUAUAUAUCUACUCGCUUUAACUAUUGGCGUUUCGAUUUUACAUUCAGUAUUUGAAAUGUUGGCUUUUAAAAAUGACAUACAAUUUUGGAAUAAUCGUCAGACUCUAGAGGGUCUGUCCGUGCGUUCUGUGUUCUUUGGCGUAUUCCAAUCGCUAAUUGUGUUUUUGUACGUACUGGAUAAUGAAGCUAACUUCAUGAUUCGUGUUUCAUGCUUCGUUGGUCUUGGCAUUGAAAUCUGGAAAAUACACAAAGUUGUUGAUAUCAACUACAAUAACGCUGAGAAAAUACUCGGUAUAUUGCCUAAGAUCAGCUUUAAGGAUAAAGGCUCUUAUUCAGAGAGCCAAACAAAAGAAUAUGAUAAUCUAGCGUUUAAGUAUCUGGGCUGGGUAUGCUUUCCACUGCUAGUUGGUUAUUUCGUUUAUUCAUUAGUUUAUAAUGAACACAAGGGCUGGUACUCUUUCGUACUGAACAUGCUGUACGGGUAUUUAUUAACAUUUGGUUUCAUCAUGAUGACACCACAGCUAUUCAUCAAUUAUAAACUAAAAUCAGUGGCACAUAUGCCCUGGCGUAUGAUGACCUAUAAAUGCUUAAAUACAUUCAUUGAUGAUAUCUUUGCUUUUGUCAUCAAAAUGCCAACAAUGUAUCGUUUCGGUUGCUUCCGUGAUGACAUCAUUUUCUUUGUAUUCCUGUAUCAACGCUGGCAAUAUCGUGUCGAUCUUAAGCGUGUAAAUGAAUUUGGUUUCUCUGGUGAGAUGGAACAGGAAGCUUCAAAGAAAAAGUUACUUAAUGCCACCGCCAGCGCCAGCGCCGCUUCUGGUACUGCCACUGCUGCAAUAACUGAAAAUGACGCAAGUGCAGCUGCAGCUUCAGCUUCAGACACUGUUCAAGACAAACCCGCUGAACAAAAGAAGACCGAUUAAAUCAAAUCAUUUAAUUCAUUUAAUUAAGUCUUCAAUAUUUAUUGCAAUUGUAAUAGUUUACAAUUAUAAA